CUCGGUUGAUGACAAAUAAAUUUUUCACGGAAACGUCACAUCAAAGCUGAAAAAAUUCUCAAUCCAUCAGAAAAAGAGUAUUACCCGUUUGGAAAGGCGAUAAAGUGCAAUGUCCGGCCAUCAGUACGUGCCCAACCCGUCGAAUCUGUUUGCGGACGAGGAUGAAAUCGACGACGAGUUGUUUCUGCGUAAUGCUCGAAGGACGGCAGGAGGAAGCGCCACAACGAGCCCUCCAGCCACGGACCAAGGUUAUCACCAGUAUGAUCAGUUCCAGAAGAACUUCCUUGCGCAAAGCUACGAUCCGGCCGACGAGGAAAAGUACGGUUCGGGAUCGCUAGUGUCGGGUAAGUCGGCGCUAAGUGGCAGUGCUGCGGGGACAAAUUUUACCCGCCCGGAUGUCCUCGGGCCUGAACCGUACCAGGGUGGUGGUGCGGGUGAUUACGGGGUUUACGGAGGACAAAUGGCCGCAGGAUACGGGGUGGAUCCUUACGCGACGGCGGCCACAUCGCCUUACGGAGGCUCCCAGGGCUUUCAUUCGGUUCCUGGAAGGGGAGGGGGAGUGUACGGGGAGCUGGAUUCCGAAACGGACGACGAAAUAGUUAGGCAACGGCAAACGUUUGAACAAAGGCGAAGGGAGCUGGAGGAAAGUACGUUGCUUACGUCCCAACGUUGUUUGGGUGUGCUCAGGGAAACGGAACAAGUUGGAAUUGCCACGGCGGAAGAAUUGCACCGUCAGCGGGAACAGCUGGAAAAGACCAAGAAACAGUUGGACGAAAUCAACAACUCGCUUCGAUUUAGCCAGAAGCAUUUGAACAGCCUGAAGAGUGUCUUCGGUGGACUCAAAAACUAUCUCUCCGGCCGGAUGGGACCGGAUCAACCGCCACAGCAACAACCCCAGCAGCAGCAUCAACAACAACAGCAACAGCAGCAACAACAGCAGAGCAGCUCAACAGGAAUACCUCGAUCGAACAUAUCGCCUUCGCCGUCGGAGGAACUUUACCCAAACCCACAGGACUUUAGAAUUCCGGACAAUUAUUGGCCGGACGCGGCCACUCGAAUGCGACAAGACUAUCACCACCAGGCGCAGGACAUGGCUCACACGAACGGGGCCGUCCAAGGUGGGCCCGGAUUCAGCCACCAGCUGGAUCAGAAUCUGGACGACAUGCGCGGGAAUCUGUCCCGGCUCAAGAACCUUGCCCUCGAUUUGAACCAAGAAAUUGACAGCCAAAAUGACCUUAUCGACGACAUCUCGAACCGCGUUGAAGAUGUCGACGUGAAAAUUGGCAAGCAAAACAAAGACAUGAAUCGGCUGAUGCGGAAGUGAACCUUGAACUCAAUAAUAAUGAUACAACGAUGAUUCAUAAUGGUACUCCCCAUUCCCCGCAAAGCAUCAUAAUGCACGCUCUGGCAGCACCUUGUGUCCAGAGAAUAUCACGAAAUGAUAAAGCAAAAGUUUAGAUAAAAUCGUUUUCUUUGUAAAAAAGACAAAAACCGAUAGUUUUUAAGAUUUGUAUUUUUUGUACAUUCUUGUUUAUUCGUUUUUUUGGAUAGUAUUUUAUCUAAAUCCAUUCUCAGCAAAAGAUCUAUCUACGCUCGAUAAAACCUUUAACGGUCAAACCAAACUGAAGCAAACGUGUCGUAUUGGUAUUGGUUUAGUAAGAAUAGUCAGGCUAAUAGCAUUAUAAAUAGAACAUAAUCUAAACAAACAAAGAAUCCAUUAUUAGUGAGUGUCUCUCCGUCUCCGUCGACUCCUCAAAUCUCUCAAAGUAUGUCAAACGACGUAAGAAUUUCUCUACACACAGAUAAAGCAAAAUGUCGUACCAGUUCGAAAACAAAUAUUCCUCUCUCACUCUCUUUCUAUGAUUGUAUUAUGUACGUACACACAACAACACUAUUCGCAAACAUUAAACAAACAAAAAUAAAACAAACAUCACAAAACAAGUACACAAAUUGUUGUAGCAUCAAGUGGAGCGAUUGUUUUCGUUUGUAAUUCACUCAUUGAGAACAUUAUUGAAAAAAAAAAAUGCAUGAAAUAUUAAGGAACCAUUAAACAGAAAAAUAUAAAAAUAUAUAUAUUGAAGUAAAACAAUGGAUGAUAACAAUAAACUGAGCUAAAUUAAUAAAUAAACGUACAGCGCAUCAACAAUGUUAUAGCCAAGAGUAAAUUCCGCGAUGAAGAAAGAAACAAAUUAAGGUAAUGGUUAUGAAAAUAAAGGAUACGAUAAUCUGCAAUAUUACAAA